CCACAACCACCUCCAGGUACAAAGGCCAUUGACACCGGUAGCACGAGCAUGACGCAAACGACCUACUGUACUGCGAGGAGCGGCACCGCGACCAUAACAGAGUCUUGUGAGGAGCCGACGCUCGGCGCUACUUCCGGCGCUCAAUUUGACACGGAGCUCGAGCGGUCGAGGAAGAGGAGGAGGCACUCCAGUUACAAUCCGCGAUCAUGGAGCUCUGAGCGCGACAAUGUGCAAAUUGUCAUUGACGACUUCCUCAGCGAUUUGGGAAAGAGAUUGGCCAUGGUGGAGGAGUAUGGCCAUCUCAAAUUCGAUGCUGGAGUCACGACCGUCUUUGACACCUUGACCGCCAUUCACCAGCGAUGUAUGAAAGAGUAUGAUGGGAUGCGAGAGUCGGGUCGAAGGCGGCACAAGGCCUUUGUAGACGCAUUGGAGGCCCAGUACAAAGAUGCAUUGGCGAAGCGUGAGACACUGGAGGCGAAGGUGCAAGAAGGUGUGAAUAUGCUGGAAGAACACCUCGCUGCACUCGAGCAACGAGCGUAUCAUCUUCGUGAGAAGGGGGCCAUGGCCACAGCCCACCAGAUGCUCGACUCGGGAAUAGCUUACAUGGACGAAACGGCCAUCAAAGCCAGUCAUCUCAUGCUCGAGGGAGCCGACGCAGCACGCAGAGCGAAAGAACACAUGAAGAUGAAGAUCGAGGUUGCUCUCGGACAUGCGCGAAAGCACGGAGUAAUCACUUAUGAUAUGCUCCCCGAACCAUGGCGUGUGAAUCCGUACAUCUUGUCGGGCUAUCGCUUUUCAGAGAACAAGCUGCAGUGCGUCACCUCCUGCUUCACACUGUCGAACGAAUUUGUGAAUAUCUGGUCGCAUGCAAUCGGCCUCAUCGUCGUCCUGGCGAUUGCAUUUUGGAUAUACCCUUCGACGCCGGCUUUCAUUGACGCCACGGCAUUCGACAUUGUCAUUGCAGGCGCAUUUUUCUUUGCGGCGUGCAAAUGCCUCGUCUGCUCGACCAUGUGGCACGCCAUGUCUUCCAUCUCCAACCAGACACUCAUGGAGCGCUUUGCGUGCGUCGACUACACCGGUAUCUCCUUACUUGUCGCGGCUAGUAUCAUGACGACAGAAUACACGGCAUUCUACUGCGAACCUGUCAGCCGAUGGGUGUACAUGUCUUUGACAUUUGCCCUGGGCAUCGGAGGCAUCAUUCUCCCUUGGCAACCGACGUUCAACCGAGCAGACAUGGCCUGGGCACGUGUGGGGUUCUACGUCUCGCUGGCACUCACGGGCUUUCUGCCUAUGGCGCAGUUAACUGUCGAGCGAGGCUGGUUGGCGACGUUAUACUUUUAUGCGCCUAUACUGAAGAGUGUCCUGGUCUACUUCUCUGGUGCCGUGUUAUAUGCCGCCAAGAUCCCAGAGCGUUUCCUGCCUGGUUGGUUCGACUAUCUCGGUGGUAGUCAUAACAUCUGGCACUUUGCCGUGCUGGGCGGUAUCCUAUUCCACUAUACUGCGAUGCAGUCUUUCUUUGGCGAUGCUUUCCGGAGAGCGAAUGCGCCCGCGGGAUGCUCCGUAUAUUGAGUCGAGGAGAUCUGCUAUAUGAUUUUUUGAUGACGAGCGUUCAAGCGAAGAUGAGAGACGUCCGCAUAGAUGAUAUUGAACGUUUUUUGUGCGUAUGCGUUGCAUUUCCUUUUUGCAUGAAGGAGUAUACCUACAUUUUUGACAGGCCUUCGGUCGCGAUACAGGCCUUGGACUUGCUACGGCUGAGAGAGGAGGGAGAGGGAGAGUCGGAAUGUAUAUACCUGAUGGACAAGUGUCUGCGGGGGCAGACUGGAAGGGAUAGACCAGGUGAGGUAGCAACGCAAGACGGUGUUGAAACCUGGGUACACGUACCUAUAGUCUUUUUUUCCUUGGGUGCUUACGCAUGCACCUGUGUCUGGUCGAAACGAACGCAGUCCCCACGCCCACGGUACUUGUACUGGUGGUUCCCUACAUCACGCUGAUGGACAGAU